AUGGACGAUUUGCCUCCUUUGCCGACAUACGAUGAACCACUGAAAUGGCUGAACAGUAUCAAGAAACAGCGACUCAAAGGCGGAAAAACAUUUCGCACACUCUACAGGUUGCUCAAAACAGAAGUCAGAACCAUGAUGGGUUGGGCUGCAUCUACAGCAGUGGUUGAAUUUCUCGCUCCAUAUUCGAUGUUGCGAUUGCUAGCGUAUCUGGAGGAUCCGUCAGAGGCAGUUGUUCAUCCAGCUCUCUGGAUUGUCUUGCUCUUCGUUGGACCGACUGUUCGUUCACUAUGCUAUCAGCAAUACAUUUUUACGGCCACUCGGCUUCUUGUCCGCGUCAACAUGUCUUUGGUUCAGGAGAUCUAUCAGACGGCCAUGCGAUCACACAUUUAUGACGACUCUAUCGGAGUUCAAAGUCACAAUGAACUUUCAGGACGAACCAAUAAAUCAAAAACAGCCCAAAAGUCUGGCCAGGCUAAUCUAACGAGUCUGAUGUCUUACGAUGUUGAUGCGAUUUACAAUUCACGAGACAUCUUCUACGUCGCAACAGCAUGUCCAGUAUCGACCACGAUCGCCAUGGUUUUCCUAUAUCAGAUGCUUGGCUGGCCUUCGCUUCUAGGUGUCGUUGUUCUAUUCCUUCUUACGCCCCUCCCUACCUUAGCAUCGCGCAAGAUAUCGCGUAUUCAACAAUCUGUGCUACGUGCGACUGAUGUUCGUCUCUCGAAGACAUCUGAGUUCUUGAGUUCAAUUCGGACAUUGAAGUACUUUGGAUGGGAGCCAGCUGCGAUCAACACAAUCAACAACAUUCGGGGCAUCGAGCAACAGCGUCUCUGGAGACGGAGUGUUCACGCCGCUGGAAUCUCUAUGGCCGGGGACCUGUUGCCAUUCAUCAGCUUGCUAGUAAUGUUUUCUGUCUUUGUUAUUUUCACUGACAAUACCCUGCACGCCCCAGUUGCUUUCACAUCGCUGUCGAUCAUGGAGACAUUGCGAUCUCAGUUUGUCUGGCUUUCGAAUAUCAGUCGAUUCUCUGCCCAGGGAGCUGAAUCUCUCCGGCGCGUGGACAGAUUUUUCGAUUCUGCUGAAGAAAAACAGAGACAUCCUGAGGGGCCCCUGGAACUGAAGGAUGCCACCUUCCGAAGGACGCCAAUUGCUGCGUUCAGAUUGCGGGAUAUCACACUUCGCUUCAAAAGGAAUGCUCUUAACGUCCUUACUGGUCCAACUGGUUGUGGAAAGACUUCUCUCCUGCAGUCACUGCUAGGUGAGACUGUUCUGGAAUCUGGAAGUGCAACCGCACCCUCGGAUAUUGCAUACGUUCCUCAAGCGCCAUGGUUACAGAACGAAACUGUUCGGCAGAAUAUAUUAUUCUACAGUCAAUACGACGAAGCUCGGUAUAACACUGCCAUCAAAGCAAGUGGCCUAGCACACGACUUGCAGCAGCUCCCACUUGGCGAUUCUACAGUCGUGGGAGAAAGAGGGACAUCACUUUCUGGAGGGCAGAAGCAGCGGGUAUCACUGGCCAGAGCUUUAUACUCAGAGUCAUCAACACUUUUGCUGGACGACAUUUUCUCUGCACUUGAUACCCAUACUACGAGUCUUGUCUAUAAGAUGUGUUUUCGAAGUGGUCUUCUCACGGACAGGACUGUUGUUCUUGUUACGAGCUUGCCCGUUGCACUGAAGGAUGCAGAAAUGGUGGUCCGUCUGGAGCACGGGAGGGUUGCUUUUGUACAAUCAUCCCAGCGAACUUCUCAAGUUUCCACGCCAAGUGUGGAAGAAAUUGAACCCGGAUCUCUUGUUUCUAGCACUCCGCAUGAGGCUCCCCAAGAUGUGGAGUCUCUGACAGAGCAUGUCUUACCCAGUGAUGCUGCUCCGGAACAAGAAGUUGGCACGAGAGGAAUGGCCAAAGAGACAUCGGCCACUGGCCGUGUGCCUCGUACACUAUUUUUCCAGUAUAUGGUCAUGUUUGGCGGAUUCUUCUACGCCGUGACAGUAAUAAUGGCGACCCUCACAGUGCAAUUCGCCUAUUUCGCCAUCACCUACUGGCUCUCAGUCUGGACAAGUGCGUACGACGAGUACAAACAUCCAAACUCGAUAUUCUACCUAUCAGUCUACGCAGCAACCAUCAUCCUCUUUCUACUCCUUCAACUCGCCAAUAACCUCAUCUACCAAUACGGAGGUUGGGCAGCAGCUAAGAAAAUGCACGCGAAAUUGGUGAUGGCAGUUCUGUCAGCUCCCAUUUCCUGGUUCGACGAGAACCCCAUCGGAAGAGCAAUCAACCGAUUUGGAAACGACACGCGCUCCCUGGACACAGUCCUAAUAGAUUGGCUCCGCAUGUCAAUCGAAAACUGGCUCCGAUUCCUUCUCCGCAUCGCAAGUAUCGUAUCUAUCAUGCCGAUCUUCGCCCUCCCAGUCACUACCAUCUGCGCAACUGGAUUCAUCAUCGGGGAGAUGUAUACCCGCGCGCAGAUAUCUAUUAAACGACUGUGCUCCGUCAACUACUCCCCCGUAUUCUCGCACUUCACUGACUCGCUAAGCGGUAUGGCCGUUAUCCGAGCCCGUGCUGGUAUGGAUGAAAUUUUUCAGGGCCUCCUUGCUGAGAAGCUCGCCGUGCAUACUCGCUCAGCGGAGGCGCAGUAUAAUUGCAACCGCUGGGUCUCUGUUAGAUCGGACUUCUGUGCUGCGUCUGUUGCUGCGGCGGCUGGGUGCAUGGCGUAUUUCAGAUCUGGAUCUGCUGGGUUAGUGGGAUUUUCGUUGACGAAUGCGAUUGGUCUGAGCCAGACAAUCCUCACACUGGUGCGCACGAUGAAUGAGCUGGAGAUCGAGUUGAACUCGUAUCAGCGGAUGCGCGAGUACGCAGAUAUCCAGCCUGAAGAACGCUUAAAUGAAGAAGAACAACGCAAAAAGGCAGAAGCCAUCCCGGCUAGCUGGCCAACAUCCGGCCUCAUCGAAUUCCAAAACGUCACAGCCCGCUACCAAAACGGCCCCGACGUCCUGCGCAACGUCUCCUUCACCGCACGACCAGGCGAACGAAUCGGUAUCGUCGGACGAACAGGAAGCGGCAAAAGCACACUAGGCAUCUCACUACUCCGUUUCGUCAACAUUGUCCAAGGACGCAUCACAAUUGACGGCAUUGACAUCAAUACCAUCCUUCUAAACCGCCUCCGCAAAAGCGUCACCCUGAUCCCCCAAGAACCAGUGCUUUUUUCCGGCGACGUCCGCUCGAACCUAGACCCAUUCAACGAAUCCGGCGAUACUGAACUCCGCGCAGCACUCUCAGCCUGCACGUUCAUCCAACCCGCGUCAUCCACAACUAACACAGAAGACUCUAACCACCACCAACAGCAACUAAGCCUAGAAACCCCCGUCGCAAUAAACGGCGAAAACUUCUCCCAAGGCCAACGGCAAGUCCUAUCUCUCGCACGUGCUCUCUGUCGGCGCUCGAAAAUCGUCCUCCUCGAUGAGGCGACUGCUUCCGUCGACCAGGAGACGGAUAUGCGUAUGCAGGGCGUGUUGAAGGAGGUGUUUGGGGAUUCAACGAUCAUUGCGAUUGCGCAUCGGUUGCGCACGAUUAUGGAUUACGAUAGAGUUGUUGUAAUGGGGGAGGGAGGGAUUGUUGAGAAUGAUUCGCCCGCGAAGUUGAUUGAGAAGAGAGGUGUGUUUUGGGAUAUGUUGAGGAGUACGGGGGAGUAUGAUGAGUUGGUGCAGUUGGUGGGAAAGAAGCCAUGA